AUGACUUGCAAAUACUUUAACUACAUUUCGGCCGAUCUUUGGGCCACUCAUAUGGUUGUUUUAAAUUCAAUGACACUGGAAGAGCAAAAAGAAUAUAUUAAAGCCCUUGAUGAGCAGUUUGAGCUAUCGCUGAUACAUAAUGACAAUAUAAGCUCAGGUGCCUCUUCUAUUUCAUCUACCCCAAGUAAACAAAUGUCUGUGGGUUCACUAACACUUGGUGACAAGAAAUUUCCUGAAUUUCCGAAAGCAUACCAUGAAAUGUCGGUGAAGGAGAAAAUUGAUGUUUUAGUUGCAAAUUCUCCGCCUGGCCACCAGGUAGUUUUAAUUAAAGAAGACUUUACAGAUGCAGAACUUAAAGAAAUGAACAGAAUGUAUUACAGAAAUAUGUAUAAUAAAUAA